CUAGAGAAUGGGGUACUUCCACUUUGUUUUGGUGUCUGUAUUGUCCUUCUAUUCGGUGCAGAAUGAAGCCUUUGAAUGUGAUGUUGUGAGGCUAGCUGCAGCAGUUCAUGAGACACUGAGUCCAUUCAUGACAGAAAUAAGGGAAGGCCUGGCUACUGUUAAAGAAAACCUAACCAACAUCCAGCAACAAGUCAAUGCCCUUACUGAGACUGUGAGCAACAUGGAACAAAACAGCAAUGAUGAGCAGACGACAGGACUACAUACCAAACUGGAUAUGGUUAAGUCUCUACUGAUCUCAGUCAAUACUAGUAUGAGUGAAGGACUCUCGGCAGUCAAUACUAGUAUGAGUGAAGGACUCUCGGCAGUCAAUACUAGUAUGAGUGAAGGACUCUCGGCAGUCAAUACUAGUAUGAGUGAAGGACUCUCGGCAGUUAAGACUGAACUUCAAGAACACAGCAGCCAGACAACCUCAGAGCUAGCAGGACUGGAGACCAACCAGGAGACCAUUGACUCCAAGUUAGACUCUCUGGACUCCAAACAAGAUGGUCUCAGUAUGACAGUGAUGACUGCACACUCUGAACUGGAGCAAAAUGUACUGACCAAUGUUACAAAGGAACUGAAGAAGACUGCUGACUAUAUACUUGAAGAAGUACCUACUUCAUUUGUAUGUGGAGGUACAAAAGCCUGGAGACGUGUUGUCUACCUCGAUAUGAGAGACCCCAACACCAACUGUCCCUCUGGCUGGCAGCUCACUAGUUACUCCAAGAGGACCUGUGGUAAAGUAAACACCAGCAGUCUCUCCUGUGACUCAGUCUUGUUCCCUGUCAGUGGAGGAGACUACACUAGUGUGUGUGGCUCUAUCAGAGCCUACCAGGUUGCUCAAAUUGAUGCAUUUGAGACCUAUCAUGAUGGACAAGUGACAACAAUAGAAGGAGCCUAUGUUUCUGGUGUUAGUCUCACACAUGGCAGUCCACGACAACACAUCUGGUCAUUUGCUGCUGGUGCUUCUGAAGCCCAACCCACUUGGGAAGAUGCUUGUCCUUGUGAUGCUAGCAUCAAUAUUGCCAUCCCACCAUUUGUGGGUGGAGACUAUUUCUGUGAAUCAGGAGUCAACUCAGGGUCACCAAUUACAGUCUUCUAUCCAGAUGAUCCUCUGUGGGAUGGUGAUGGCUGUGGUAGCAGCAGUAGCUGUUGCUCAUUCAACAAUCCCCCAUACUUCACUAAGACACUCCCCAGCCCCACCUCUGACCCUAUAGAGGCCAGACUGUGUCGAUUGGACACUGCUGAUGAUUCUCCAGUUGAGUUCAUGGAACUCUAUGUGAAGUAGUCGGUUACUCUGUUGCAUAACUAUACCUAAGAGUGGCCUCGGACAAAUUAUCUACUGUACACAGACCUGGACACAUUAUUAUGACAGUGUAGUUGUGCUAUAGAUUGUGGAUUUGUUGUCACAGCUGUGCUUUAACAAUGCAGC